AUGGGAGAUGAAGAGUUUAGCGUGGGUGAUGCGGGAGCUUCCAUGGGAACCCCCAUUCAGUGUGGAGCUAUCAAGAAGAAUGCCUACGUUAUCAUAAAAGAAAAGCCGUGCAAAAUUGUCGAGGUGUCGGCUUCGAAAACAGGCAAGCAUGGCUCCGCGAAGAUCAACUAUGUCGGAAUUGAUAUCUUUUCUGGCAAGCGCCUGGAGGAGUGUCGCCCUUCUGGUCAUACUGUGAUCUCUCCCACUGUAACAAGAACUGAAUGCCAGCUGGUUUCUAUCGAUCCCGAUGGUUUUCUUGAACUUCUAAUGGCUGAUAAUACGACUCGCUCAGAUAUACAUGGUAGCGACAUGCUGGAUACUCUGAAGGAGAAGUUCGAAAAUCUUGGAGACAAUGAAGACCUUUUGGUGACCUACAUCUCUGCCAUGGGUCAGGAGAAGGUUGUCGAGUGUCGAAUUAAUACGAACAAAUAA